AUGCGUGCAACACGGCCAUUAGCAGGGCUGUCACUCUUGCAGCGAGUCCUGGCUGCCAGCACCAAUUUUCUGGACCAUGCUCGCCUACUCUCCAGAGUGGAAGAUCCGGCCUGGUUUGAGACAAACAUUCCUCUGAUAGAGGUCCCCAGCACGCAGAUCCAAGACGUCUACUACUAUCGCUGGCAGACUUACAAGGAACACCUGGCUUACACGGGAGCCCAGCACGGCUACCUCGCCACGGAAUUCCUCCACCCAGCCGGGUACGGCGCGCCCCUUGGCGGAAUUGUCGCCGCUGCCGGUCAUCAUAUUGCAGAGGGUCGGUGGCUGCGCGACCUCCGCUACGGCCAGGACCUGGUCAACUACUGGCUCGCCGGUCCCGGACAGCUUCCCAAGCCCGCGACCGAGGAGCUCAACAAGGACACGCACGACUGGGCCCACGAGUAUAGUUUCUGGGCCGCCAGCGCCGUCUGGAAACAGUACCUCAUUACCGGAGACGUAAACUUUACCACGAGCCAGCUCGACAACCUCGUCAAGCAGUACCGCGGCUGGGACAGCCACUUCAACUCUGACCUCGGACUGUACUGGCAGGUCCCCGUCUGGGAUGCCACUGAAUAUACGGCGGCCUCGUACGAGUCCCCCAGCGGUGAUGCCUACCACGGCGGAGCCGGCUUCCGCCCAACCAUCAACGCGUAUCAGUACGGCGACGCGCGCGCCAUUGCCGAGAUUGCCUCGUUGACAGGCAACUCUGACCUGCAAAGAGAAUAUGAGAAACGCGCAGAGUCUUUGCAAAAGGCUCUGCACUCGCAAUUGUGGAACAAGGACAAGAAGUUCUUUGUGCAUCGACAUCGCGACUAUGGCCAGAAGCUGCUAAACGAUCGUGAGAUUAUGGGCUUUCUCCCCUGGAUGUUCGACAUGCCUACUGCCAACUUUUCAACAGAGCCUUUCGAGCAGUUGAUGGACACGCAAGGCUUUUCGUCAACUUUUGGACCAACCACUCUUGAGCAGAGGAGCAAGUGGUACAUGCACGAAGCCGACGGCUGCUGCCGCUGGGACGGCCCCUCGUGGCCCUUUGCCACCUCGCAGACGCUCGCCGCGGUCGAGACGCUGCUGCACCAUUACCAGCAAGAUACCGUCAAACCGUCAGACUAUUUCAAGCUCUUGGAGACGUAUGCAAAGACUCUUUACAAAAACGGCACGCCAUACGUUGCCGAAGCGCACCAUCCCACCGAGGAUAGAUGGAUGUACGACGGACGUGACCACAGCGAGGACUACAACCACUCAACAUUUGUUGACAAUGUCCUCGCGGGACUGCUGGGGCUUCGCGGGCGCCCCGACAAUCACUUGACCAUUCGCCCGCUGGUGCCCUCAACCUGGGCGUACUUUGCCGUCGAGAACAUGGCCUACCACGGCCGCAGCAUCACCGUGCUAUGGGACGAGUCGGGCAACCGAUACAACCAAGGAGCGGGCUUCAGGGUGUAUGUCGACGGAACUCUGGUCCUCCAUCGCGAUGCAGUCGAGCAAGUCACCGUGGAUGUCACUCCUGCCAUCCCUCAGCCCCCAGCCUUCAAAGUGAACAUUGCCGCCAACUCCCAACGGUACACCCAGUUGUCGCGGGCCUUUGCUUCCUACACGUCCGGGUUCGACGACCCGAUGCGGGCCAUUGACGGCAACAUCUGGCGCACAGGCGUGCCGCCCAACACCCGCUGGACCUCGUACCAGAGCCCCAACGCCAGCGACUAUUUCGGCGUCGAUUUCCGCCAGACCCAGUCGCUGUGCGACGUCCGCCUCUACUUUUACCAAGACGACGACGGCGUCCGCCUCCCGGCCAGCUACGACCUGCAGUACCUGCCGCCCGGAGGCGACGCAAGCGCCUGGGUGACUGUGCCCGGCCAGCAGCGGAGCAAGGCGGCGCCCACGUCAUCCAACGAGCAGAUUCGCAUCACCUUUCCCGCCAUAUCCGCGUCGCAGCUCCGCGUCGUCGCGCCCAACCCGGAGCCGGGCAGGAAGGGCUGGGGCCUGUCGGAGCUCGAGGCCUGGACCGCGCCGCUGUUCCAGCUGCGCAACGAGAACAGCGGCAAGCUCAUGGGCGUCGAGCGCAUGCUCGAGACGUCUGGCGCCCUCGUGCAGCAGUACGACGACAAUGGCUCGCGCGACCACCACUGGGAGUUUGUGCCCGCGCAGCAGGCAGGCUGGAGCGCGAUUCGGAACCUGCAUAGCGGCCUCGUGCUCGCCGUCGAGUCGGACGAUAAUAGCGCGAAUCUGGUGCAGGUCAACGAUGACGACGAGGGUGGUGGCGGCGGCGGCGGCGGCGAUCGGAGCGCGUAUCGCCUGUGGAAGGUGGAAUCGCGCGGAAACGGGCACUUUUUAAUCAGGAACAAGGGAAGCAACAAGGUGGCUGGUGUUGACGGCAUGGCUGUGACAAACGGCGCCAACGUGGUGCAGUUUGAUGACAAUGGAACAAAGGAUCACUUGUGGAGCAUUUUGCCCGCAGCUAUUGAGGGGUGUUGA